UGCAGUGCGCGAUCAUAAAUGCUGUAAAUUGGUGAUUUUAUUUGUAUAGCACGUAAGAAUCGUAAUUUGAUAAGGAUUCAGUUAUGGAAGCCGAGUCGGACCAGGUGCCGGCAAUCAAUGUCAAAGAGCCGCUGGAUUUGAUCAGGCUUAGCUUGGACGAGCGCAUUUAUGUUAAAAUGAAGAACGAGAGGGAACUCAAGGGACGUCUGCACGCCUACGAUCAGCACUUGAAUAUGGUUCUUGGUGAAGUCGAGGAGACAGUGACGACAGUAGAGAUAGAUGAGGAAACUUACGAGGAGGUCUACAGGACCACCAAGAGGAACAUUCCCAUGCUGUUUGUCAGGGGUGAUGGUGUGGUGCUUGUCUCACCGCCAAGUAUGAGGGCAGCUAUGUAAACUUGGUGUAUGUAAUAUUUCAUAUGCACUUUCCUUGUAAGCCAGAACGACGAUAUCACGUAAAUUUUACACAAGUGUAAUACAUGGUGACCUAUUUUAGAUGAUUAAGUAUGUUGGAUUGAC